CACCAUGGUCCGCCCCAGGCAUUGCCGCCGAGUUCGCGUCCCGAGAGUCAGCCGUCCUGCUAUGGACAGCGAGUAGUCGCCGCAGCAGAGUAGCCAGCCAUCCAAGUUCAGACGAAGCCACCACCGAAGCACCACCAGUACCAGCCAUUCGAAAUGGCCAGCCUGCAUCCCCCGAGCUUCGCCUAUAUGCGCGAUGGGCGCAAUCUCAGCCUGGCGGAAAGUGUGCCCGCCGAGAUUAUGCACAUGGUGGAUCCGUACUGGUACCAGUGGCCUCCACUGGAGCCCAUGUGGUUCGGCAUCAUUGGCUUCGUGAUUGCCAUUCUGGGCACCAUGUCGCUGGCGGGCAACUUCAUUGUGAUGUACAUCUUCACCUCGUCGAAGGGACUGCGCACGCCGUCCAACAUGUUUGUGGUCAAUCUGGCCUUCUCCGACUUCAUGAUGAUGUUCACCAUGUUCCCGCCGGUGGUGCUGAAUGGCUUCUAUGGCACCUGGAUCAUGGGCCCCUUCCUGUGCGAGUUGUACGGCAUGUUUGGCUCGCUCUUCGGAUGCGUUUCCAUUUGGUCGAUGACACUAAUUGCCUACGAUCGGUACUGCGUGAUCGUAAAGGGAAUGGCCAGGAAACCACUGACGGCCACGGCGGCGGUGCUCCGGCUCAUGGUCGUGUGGACCAUCUGCGGAGCGUGGGCUCUGAUGCCGCUCUUCGGCUGGAAUCGUUAUGUGCCCGAGGGAAACAUGACCGCCUGUGGCACUGACUACUUCGCCAAGGACUGGUGGAACAGGUCCUACAUCAUCGUCUACUCCCUUUGGGUCUAUCUAACGCCGCUGCUGACCAUCAUCUUCUCCUACUGGCACAUCAUGAAGGCUGUGGCUGCCCAUGAGAAGGCCAUGCGGGAGCAGGCAAAGAAGAUGAACGUGGCCUCCCUGCGGAACAGCGAGGCCGACAAGAGCAAGGCCAUCGAGAUCAAGCUGGCCAAGGUGGCACUGACCACCAUUUCGCUGUGGUUCUUCGCCUGGACCCCGUACACCAUCAUCAACUACGCGGGCAUCUUCGAGUCGAUGCACCUGAGUCCACUGAGCACCAUCUGUGGCUCCGUCUUUGCCAAGGCCAAUGCGGUGUGCAAUCCCAUUGUGUACGGAUUGAGCCACCCGAAGUACAAGCAGGUGCUCCGCGAGAAGAUGCCGUGCCUGGCCUGCGGCAAGGACGAUCUCACCUCGGACUCGAGGACACAGGCCACCGCCGAGAUCAGCGAAUCGCAGGCUUAGACGGUUCGGAGACGACGACGACUGCAGACGUAGGGAACUGACAGCUCUAGAUCUACAAAAGACUCAACUAUUUUGCAAAUGGCACCUCAAGGAAAACCCAAAAAAAAAGAUGGCAAAGAAAAAUGUAAAAAAAAUAUAGUAAAAAUAUAACAGCAA